UCUAUAUAGUCCACACUGUCAGUGACUGCCCCAGUCUAUAGAGUCCACACUGACUGUCAGUGACGGCCCUAGUCUAUAGAGUCCACACUGUCAGUGACUGCUCCAGUCUAUAUAGUCCACACUGUCAGUGACUGCCCCAGUCUAUAGAGUCCACACUGACUGUCAGUGACGGCCCUAGUCUAUAGAGUCCACACUGUCAGUGACUGCUCCAGUCUAUAUAGUCCACACUGUCAGUGACUGCCCCAGUCUAUAGAGUCCACACUGACUGUCAGUGACUGCCCCAGUCUAUAGAGUCCACACUGACUGUCAGUGACGGCCCUAGUCUAUAGAGACCACACUGACUGCCAGUGACUGCCCCAGUCUAGGAAACCACACUGACUGUCAGUGACUGCCCCAGUCUAUAGAGUCCACACUGACUGUCAGUGACUGCCCCAGUCUAAAGAGACCACACUGACUGUCAAUGACUGCUCCAGUCUAUAGAGUCCACACUGACUGUCAGUGACUGCCCCAGUCUAUAGAGUCCACACUGACUGUCAGGGACUGCCCCAGUCUAUAGAAACCACACUGACUGUCAGUGACUGCCCCAGUCUAUAGAGUCCACACUGACUGUCAAUGACUGCUCCAGUCUAUAGAGUCCACACUGACUGUCAGUGACUGCCCCAGUCUAAAGAGACCACACUGACUGUCAAUGACUGCUCCAGUCUAUAGAGUCCACACUGACUUUCAGUGACUGUCCCAGUCUAUAGAGCCCACACUGACUGUCAGUGACUGCUCCAGUCUAUAGAGUCCACACUCACUGUCAAUGACUGUCCCAGUCUAUAGAGUCCACACUGACUGUCAGUGACUGCCCCAGUCUAUAGUGUCCACACUGACUGUCAGUGACUGCCCCAGUCUAUAGAGCCCACACUGACUGUCAGUGACUGCUCCAGUCUAUAUAAUCCACACUGUCAGUGACUGCCCCAGUCUAUAGAGUCCACACUGACUGUCAGUGACUGCCCCAGUCUAUAAAGACCACACUGACUGUCAGUGACUGCCCCAGUCUAUAGAGUCCACACUGACUGUCAGUGACUGCUCCAGUCCAUAGAGUCCACACUCACUGUCAAUGACUGUCCCAGUCUAUAGAGUCCACACUGACUGUCAGUGACUGCCCCAGUCUAUAGAGUCCACACUGACUGUCAGUGACUGCCCCAGUCUAUAGAGUCCACACUGACUGUCAGUGACUGCCCCAGUCUAUAGAGUCCACACUGUCAGUGACUGCCCCAGUCUAUAGAGUCCACACUGUCAGUGACUGCCCCAGUCUAUAGAGUCCACACUGUCAGUGACUGCCCCAGUCUAUAGAGUCCACACUGACUGUCAGUGACUGCCCCAGUCUAUAGAGUCCACACUGACAGUGACUGCCCCAGUCUAUAGAGUCCACACUGUCAGUGACUGCCCCAGUCUGUAGAGUCCACACUGUCAGUGACUGCCCCAGUCUAUAGAGUCCACACUGUCAGUGACUGCCCCAGUCUGUAGAGUCCACACUGUCAGUGACUGCCCCAGUCUGUAGAGUCCACACUGUCAGUGACUGCCCCAGUCUAUAGAGUCCACACUGUCAGUGACUGCCCCAGUCUGUAGAGUCCACACUGACAGUGACUGCCCCAGUCUGUAGAGUCCACACUGACAGUGACUGCCCCAGUCUAUAGAGUCCACACUGUCAGUGACUGCCCCAGUCUAUAGAGUCCACACUGUCAGUGACUGCCCCAGUCUGUAGAGUGCCCUAGUUAGUGAUGGAUGAAAUAACAUUGAUUGUGCUGCGCAGUCCCCUGGUAGGGAAGGGGUUAAGGAUCAGUGCCCCCAACAUCUCCUUCUUCUUUGCUUCCUAUAGAAAACCGGGAGCAUUUACUUAUGCUCGAAAUCAUCUUAAAUGUAAUGGUUAAUAAAUUAGAUGGAGCCCAGAGGUAGAGGAUCUGCUGUGGGGGAAAUGUCAUCCUGUCAAUAUAAAAAAGUGAUAAAGUCAAAUAUGAUCAUUUCAUGGAUACAACUAUAAAAAGAAGCAAGCACUGAGAGUAUGCAUUACAUGGCAAUCAGAAAGAAAUCGUCUACAGAACAUGCAACAAUGUAACAAAGUUAUCAGAAAGGAUCCUGCAUAUUCCUCGUAUCCCUCUGACUGGUACCUGGGUCCUUAAUCGUACACAAUCCAGGGGCCAAUUGCACUGAGUAAGAUGUGAUUUUUCUUAAAGAGGCAGUACAGAGCAGGAGCUGGAGAGCAGGGAGGGAGAAGCCGAGGGGGGGAGAUAAGUGAUCUGAAGAGGACAAAAAAACCUGAUGAUGAUGAUGAUUACACUGGAAACUUUCUUAGUCCUGGCGAGGGUGUCAGAUUGAAUGCUCUGUGCGCAUGUGCAAAGGUGUCCAAACUGACAAUGCUUAUGAGAUGAAGAUAGUGUGUAGCUUGCUUCUGGGCUCAAGGAGGAGAAGAGAAAUCUACAAGCCGACAAGAUGAGAUCCAAGGCGAGGGCGCGGAAACUGGCCAAAAGUGACAGUUACCUUGUAAAUAAUAUGUAUGAGCCUGAUCCGGAUCUUCUAGGCGGCGACAGCGCAGAAGAGGAGACAGAGGACAGUAUUAUGUCACCCAUUCCUGUAGGACCUCCUUCACCAUUCCCAACCAGUGAAGAUUUUACCCCAAAGGAGGGAUCACCCUAUGAAGCCCCAGUCUACAUUCCUGAUGAUAUUCCAAUCCCACCUGACUUUGAACUCAGAGAAUCCUCCGUACCAGGAGCUGGUCUUGGGAUUUGGGCCAAGAAGAAAAUUGAAAUUGGGGAAAGAUUAGGACCGUAUAUCAUGAUGCAGAAGACCACAUUAAAAGAGAAUAAUCUAGGAUGGGAACAAAUUUUACCUGAUUCGGAAGUGACGUCACAAGAUGAAAGCCUAAGAAAGGUCUCUGAAGAAUUGGGAGAAGAGAAGAUGUGCAUUGAAACCAGCCAAUCAGGAUCAGGGAGCUGGCUUAAAUUUAUCCGAAUGGCUUUCUCCUGCGAUGAACAGAAUUUAGCAAUCUGUUAUCAGAACGAACAGCUUUUUUAUAAGGUUAUUAAAGACAUUGAACCUGGAGAAGAACUGUUGGUUUAUAUGAAGGAAGGGAAUUUUUCCCUUGGAAGUAUGCCCCCAAAUCUCGAAGAAGAACACACAUUUCGCUGUGAAGAUUGUGAUGAACUGUUCCAGUCCAAGCUUGAUUUAAGGCGGCACCAAAAAUACGCCUGCAACACAGUCAACCACAUAUAUGAGUCUCUGAACGAAGAGAUCAAGCAAGAAGGUUUUGAUAAUGAACAAGUUCAUGAGUGCAAGGACUGUGAGCGCCUUUUCCCCAACAAGUACAGUUUGGAACAACAUAUGAUCAUACACACAGAAGAGAGGGAGUACAAAUGUGACCAGUGCCCAAAAGCCUUCAACUGGAAAUCAAACUUGAUUCGCCACCAAAUGUCACAUGACAGUGGAAAGCGAUUCGAAUGUGAGAACUGUGUAAAGAACGAUUCCUGGUUCCCAAGUGAUCUUCCUUCCAGAUUACCCAUAUAUUUGAACUGCAACAACAACACUGAAGCGGAACCUCACACACCUAAAGUAGACGUCUUCACUGACCCAAGCAACCUACAGAGACAUAUCCGUUCCCAACACGUUGGAGCAAGGGCACACGCAUGUCCUGACUGUGGCAAGACUUUUGCCACCUCGUCAGGGCUCAAGCAACAUAAGCACAUUCAUAGUACUGUCAAACCUUUCAUAUGUGUUUCAGGUGAGGUCUGCCAUAAAUCGUACACACAGUUCUCCAACCUGUGUCGUCACAAACGAAUGCAUGCAGACUGUCGUACACAGAUAAAGUGUAAAGACUGUGGACAGAUGUUUAGCACUACCUCCUCCCUUAACAAGCAUCGGCGUUUCUGUGAAGGCAAAAACCAUUACAAUCCUGGUGGAAUGUUUGGGCCUGGCCUGCCCUUGACACCAAGUUCUUUGAUGGACAAGUCGAAACCUUCUCCAAACAUGAAUCACUCUAGCCUUGCUUUCAAUGACUAUUUUCCUUCCAGGGCACAUCUGGGUAGUUUGCCAUUUUCACCCACACCUUCACCUUUUCCACCUUUGGGUCCAGGAUUUCCAGGAAUUUUUCCCCCAUCGUUAUAUCCCCGGCCACCAUUAUUACCUCCUUCUCCACUGUUAAAAAACCCCUUGAACCAUACACGAGAAGCAAAGCUUCCCAGUCCAAUAGGUAACCCCCAACUUUCCCUCAUCCAGUCUUUGAACAGUAGCAAUAGUAACCAGCCACUUUCACUGGAGGAUAAAUUUGAAAACAGUUUGGAAGAUUCAUACCUAGAGAAACAUAAGUCUAGGAGCAGUGAUCUAUCUGAUGGAAGUGACUUUGAAGAUGUCAACACAACCUCGGGGACUGAUCUGGAUACCACCACUGGCACUGGGUCUGACUUAGAUAGUGAUGUAGAUAGUGAAAGAGACAAAAACAAAGAAAAGAGCAAAUCCAUAGAAAACAAACAGGACAUUGUUAGUAGCUCUGUCUCUAGUAGUUCUAAUAACAAUGUUACAGAAAGGCCCUUCUUCUACUCUCAACAUUCCUUUUUUCCUCCACCAGAAGAGCAGUUACUUCCAUCCAUGGGAGCAGCAAAUGACUCUAUUAAAGCUAUUGCCUCUAUAGCAGAGAAAUAUUUUGGACCUGGAUUUAUGGGCAUGCAAGAAAAAAAAAUGGGUUCCCUCCCAUAUCAUUCCAUGUUUCCCUUUCAGUUUCUCCCGAACUUUCCUCAUUCUUUAUAUCCAGCUUUUACCGAUCGGACAAUGAAUCACAAUUUGCUGGUGAAAGCUGAACCAAAGUCUCCUAGAGAUCUUCAAAAAGUUGGCAGCUCAAGCUCAGAGUCACCGUUUGAUCUCACGACCAAACCAAAAGAGAUGAAGUCAGCCUUAUUACCAACUAAGGUUUUGUCACAACCAUCCUCAGGAGAGGAACAACCAUUGGACCUCAGCAUUGGUAACAGAAGUAGAGCCAGUCAGAAUGGGGCAAGGGAAACGCGUAAAAACCAUAUCUAUGGUGACAGGAAAGCCAUGUCUGGUGAAAUGCUUUCAAAAAUCCUUCCGCCUCCUCUUCCCCAACAGCCGCCUCUUCACUACGCAAAGCCUUCUCCCUUCUUCAUGGACCCCAUUUACAGCAGGGUGGAAAAGCGGAAGGUGACAGACCCUGUGGGGGCAUUGAAGGACAAGUAUUUACGACCAUCUCCUCUUCUUUUUCACCCCCAGAUGUCAGCCAUCGAAACUAUGACUGAAAAGCUGGAAAGCUUUGCCAACUUGAAAUCUGACACAGGAAGUUCUUUACCGUCCCUCUCGCACCAUCCUUUUAACUUUCGCUCCCCACCCCCAACUUUGUCAGAUUCAAUCUUACGGAAAGGAAAAGAGCGCUAUACCUGCAGGUACUGUGGCAAAAUCUUUCCAAGAUCUGCAAAUUUAACAAGACAUCUCAGGACCCACACAGGAGAACAACCAUACAGAUGUAAAUAUUGUGACCGGUCUUUUAGCAUCUCCUCCAACCUCCAGCGGCAUGUACGGAACAUACAUAACAAAGAGAAGCCUUUCAAAUGCCACUUGUGCAACAGGUGCUUCGGCCAGCAGACAAACUUGGAUCGACACCUUAAGAAACAUGAACAUGAGAAUGUUCCAGUGAGUCAGCACUCAGGAGUAAUUGGAAACCACCAUGGAACUAGCGUCUCAUCCCCUAAUUCCGAAUCCGAAAACCAUGCACUUUUAGAUGAGAAAGAAGAUUCCUAUUUCUCAGAAAUUCGAAACUUUAUUGCAAAUAGCGAGUUGAAUCAAGCUUCAAGUCUAGGAGAAAAAAGAACAGAAAUUCAGGAUAUUGAUAGCAGUUCAAGAGGAUGUAGCCUUGUCAACCAGAAACCAGAAGAUGUAGAUGAAGAUGAAGACGACGAUCUAGAAGAAGAUUAUGAAGAUGGAAGUUUGACGGGAAAAUCACAAGAUGAGACUGUUUCUCCUACAAUGGAGACCCAGGAAGUAUAUGAAGAGGAUGAGGAAGAUGAAGAACCCACAUCCCUCUCUAUGAGCUUUGAUCACACCAGAAGGUGUAUUGAGGAGGAAGAUGCCCGUUUGUUAGAUGUGGAGCAGAUUCCGAAUUUUGGGAAGGGGCUGGACCUUCGCAAAACAGCAGAGGAAGCAUUUGAAGUAAAAGAUGUGUUUAAUUCCACCUUAGACUCUGAGGCAUUUAAAGAAUCUCUGUACAGGCAGGCUAAAAACCAGGCUUAUGCAAUGAUGUUGUCUCUUUCUGAAAAUACUUCUCUUCAUACUUCCCACAACUCCCUGGAUGCCUGGUUGAACAUGGCUGGAGCAGCAUCAGAAUCAGGAGCUUUUAAUCCUAUGAACCAUUUGUAAAAGAAGAAAAAUAUACCACAAUGCAUAAACACAAAUCUAAAUGUUACAAUGUCACACUUUCAGCAAUGUGGAAGACUGCUAAUAGGCAUCAAUGAGUCACUAGGAACCAAUUAUUUGGAUGUUCCCUGCAAUUUUCAACUAUCCAUUCAACCCCUGUUGAUUUUUUUUAUGGGUCCUCUCUAAGGCCCUCCUCUAAGCUCUACAUAAAAUUUCCGUAUUCACUCCACCAUGUUUAUCAUCAUAAAAUAAAUAGCAGUAGAAAGUAGACUUUCAAACCACUAGAAACAACUUAUCAGCAGAAAUAGAUCAUUUCCAAUUCUUAUAAAUGGUGGGAUCAGUUAUGGUGCUGUAGAAAACUACUGGUUCAAGCUGUAAUUUAAGCCUCUCAUAUAUGUUGAGAUCCAAAUAAUUUGCCAUUAGGCUCACCAGUGUGCCAGAUACAGAAAUGUUUUUAUAUAAUUUAGGUUUAUCUAAUGUUUUGAAUUAAAACAAAAAAUAUUCAAACAUUAACAUACAGUUUAGUACAGUGACCGACUCCUAGAGAAAAUUAUAUACAAGUGAUAGUGAUAUAACGUUAAUAACAUACAAUUAUAAAAUUGGGAGCCUUGUAAUAAUUAUUAAAAAGGUCCAUUGAUUCUUUAGAUUUUUGGUGGAACCUGAACCAUAUAUCAGUUGGACAAGAUAAAGACAAACAGAAUAUAGGAUAAAUUACACAUAUUUACAAAGUAAA